AACCCCGCGAAAUUCUCACAUGGUGUCAUUUGGCGGGAGUUAGCUUUGUUGUUUUGCUGUUAUCGAAGUGUAAAGUGACAGUGAAACAUUGUGAUCAACCAUGGCCACUACGGACCUUGAUCAGCGUAUCAGAGAUAUCCAGAGGGAAUAUCUGGACUUUCUCGACGAUGAUCAAGAUCAGGGCAUCUAUCAACAAAAAGUCCGGGAUAUGAUCACCAACAGUGAGGUCAGGCUAACUGUCAAUGUCAACGACCUCAGAAAGAAAAACCCAAAGAGGGCGACAGCUUUGUUGGAGGAUUCUUUUGAGGAGAUGAUAGCUUUCCAGAAUGCCCUGAAGGAACUUGUUGCUUCAGCUGAUCCAGUUUACAGCAAACAAUAUGAAGCUUUCUUUAUUGGCCUGGAGGGAAGUUUUGGUUCGAAACAUGUAACCCCACGAUCACUGACAUCUCGUUUCCUGGGCAACAUGGUGUGUGUGGAGGGUAUUGUCACAAAAUGUUCUCUUAUCCGUCCAAAAGUUGUCCGCAGUGUCCACUACUGUCCUGCAACAAAGAAGACGAUGGAGAGGAAGUACACCGACAUGACGUCACUGGAGGCGUACCCCAGCACUGCCGCCUACCCCACAAAGGAUGAAGACGGCAACUUGUUGGAGACUGAGUUUGGUCUGUCUGUGUACAAGGAUCACCAGACUUUUGGCAUUCAGGAAAUGCCUGAGAAGGCCCCUCCUGGCCAGCUGCCAAGAUCUGUGGAGAUUGUAGCCGACAACGAUCUGGUGGACAAAUGCAAGCCCGGAGAUAGGGUUCAAGUCAUUGGUACAUUCCGGUGUCUGCCAGGGAAAAAGAAUGGCUACACCACUGGCACGUUUCGCACAAUCCUCAUCGGCAACAAUGUUCAGCUGCUGAGUAAGGAAGUCUCGCCCCUGUUCUCAGCUGAUGACGUUGCCAAAAUAAAGAAGUUCGGGAAGGCCAAGAACAUCGAUGUGUUCGAGGCACUCAGCAAGUCCGUGGCGCCAUCUAUCUGUGGCCAUCCAUACAUCAAGAAGGCUGUCCUCUGUAUGCUGCUCGGGGGGAAUGAGAAGGUUCUAGCUAAUGGCACUCGGCUCAGAGGAGACAUCAAUGUGUUGCUGAUCGGAGAUCCCUCCGUGGCCAAGUCACAGAUGCUGAGGUAUGUGCUGUACACUGCUCCGAGAGCCAUCCCCACCACAGGCCGAGGGUCAUCCGGUGUCGGACUUACCGCAGCUGUCACAUCAGACCAAGAAACAGGGGAGAGACGCCUUGAGGCUGGUGCUAUGGUGCUGGCUGAUCGUGGCAUUGUGUGUAUUGACGAGUUCGACAAGAUGUCUGACAUUGACAGAACAGCAAUACACGAGGUCAUGGAACAGGGUCGUGUGACAAUCUCCAAGGCUGGAAUUCAUGCUAAGCUGAACGCAAGGUGCAGCGUGCUGGCUGCAGCCAACCCGGUAUAUGGAAGGUAUGACCAGUACAAGACACCUAUGGAGAAUAUUGGCCUCCAGGAUUCCCUUUUGUCUCGAUUUGAUCUUCUCUUCAUUGUCCUUGAUAAGAUGGACCCUGACAGCGAUCGUAAUAUAUCAGACCACGUUCUGAGAAUGCACAGGUACAGGGCUGGCAAUGAGCAGGAUGGAGACGUUCUGCCCAUGGGAAGCUCGGUGGACAUGUUGGCCACGCAGGACCCGGAGGCUGAUCGGGAUCAGUCGGAGGAGACGCCCAUGUACGAGAAAUAUGAUGUGUUGCUGCAUGGCAGUUCCAGGAGCAAAAAGGACAAGAUAUUGAGUAUGGAGUUCAUGAGGAAGUACAUCCAUGUAGCCAAGGCUCUGAAGCCCAGUCUCACACGGGAAGCGUCCGACUACAUCGCCGAGGAGUACGCCAAGCUAAGAAGUCAAGACAACCUCCAGCAGAGCAACGUUGCACGGACUCAGCCAGUGACAGCCCGAGCACUUGAAACCAUGAUCCGUAUCUCCACGGCCCAUGCCAAGUCCAGGCUGUCCAAGACUGUCGACCUCCAGGAUGCCCAGGCUGCCGUGGAACUCAUACAGUUCGCUUAUUUCAAGAAGGUUUUGGAGAAGGAGAAGAGCCGGAGAAGGAAGCACAAUGAUGAAGAUGAAACAGAGGAAAGUAGCCAAGAGGAAGGAGAGGAAGAAGAGAAACCAAAGAAGAAGAAGCGCAAGGAAGUGCGAGAACGCCGUCCGUCGAAGAAGGAAGGAGAAGAUGGUUACGACCCAUAUGAUUUCUCUGGGGAUGAAGACAGUCAGGCGGAGGAUGACACAUCGGAGGGCACUGAGAAGAGGAAGAGGCGGUUGCCACGGAGAUCAGAAUCGGCCAUGGAUGCUGAUGAGUCCUCACAGUCAGAGAAACUGUCAGAUGACAGACUGAAGACCUUCCGGAGCUCCCUGUUCAACCUGUUCAAGGCUGAACACGCUCAGUCAGUGCAGCUGGACAAGAUCCGGGCCUUCGUUAACAAGGAACAAGCCGGCUCCGAGUUUACUCAGGAUGAAAUCAUGCAAGCCAUUGACCAGAUGAUGGACGUGAACCAGAUCAUGUUGUCUGACAAUGUUGUCUUCCUCAUAUGAGUAUUGUUUCGUGGAGUGAACCAGAUCAUGUAGUCAGAUAAGUUGUCUUCCUUAUAGGCGAGUCGACUGUCCCAUGGCGUGAACCAUGAGCGAGAUCAAGUUGUCUUCCUUUUAGGCGAGUGGACUGUCCCAUGGCGUGAACCAGAUCAUGCUGUCUGACAGUGUUGUCUUCCUUGUACGAGAGGCCACUAUGCCUUGGUAUUUCUUGGCUUUGCAAGGACCAUGGAAUCAUUUCUCUUUUCUGAUAGUUUGAAGCGUUGCAACAAACAUCCGAUGUUGAAUGUUAUUGUAAAGUGUAACAUUGAAAAAGGUUCUGUUUGGUGGUUUGAACUAUGAGAACAUUGUUAAUAGUUUGUGUAAUAGUUAUACUUCAUGGUUGGACCUAGAAGAUACCCCCAAAUACAGUGCUGAUUGUAUGAUAGACAACUUUUGUUGACGUUUGGUUUGGGAAAACGCUUGUACUCGUUUGUUUUGUCAUUUAUUAUAUUACGAAUGGAUCGUGCAAGCACUGCUUUUAACCCUAAAUAGCGACUAACAGGAUCGGGUGGUCAGACUCUGACUUUGUUGAUGCGUGGAUUGAUGCUCAUGAUGUCAAUCACCGAAUUGUCUGGUCCAGACAAAAUUAUUCAGACCGUCGUCAAAAACCUGGAAUGUUGCUGGGUGCGGGUUUAUACAACAAACAAAUAACCCUAAAUAUUGUCUGCCCUGCAUUCAUGAAAUACUCAUUUGGAUUCAACUGGAAGGUAAAACAAGUUUGACACCUGUACAGUGUUUAGGAAGUUGUACAUAAAUCUGUAAAUGUUGUAGAUAUUCUGGAGAAGUAUGUGCAGACUGAUUUAUCUUCAUGAUAGCAGCAACACAUUUAUAUGUGUGCUGAAUAUUUGAUAUUCUUUGUGUAAAUAAACUUGGAACUAUUAA